AUGGAUAAAGUGGGAGUAGAGGACACGAACUGGGAGGAUGGAAAGGGCCGGAAUGUGGUGGGGAAAGGCUAUGAGGGGAAAGCUGAAGUGGCUGCAGUGGAAUGGGCAAUUUUCAGUCUUAUACCUUUUCCUGAGAAGCUAACGGCUGAAAAACUGCAGAAGCACAGAUUUCAAGACGUUUUUCCUCAAUAUUCUCCUUUUGAUUUCCCCUGGGAAAAAAUGUGUGGGCUCUUCUUUAUCCUGAUGAUAUGCACAGCGGGCACUUCUGCUUUCAGACUCCAACAAAUCCAAAGCACAGAAAACUGCUCAGAUCACACCGUGUUUUUCAAACACUACUAUGAACUGCAUGGAGAACCCGUGGUUCUGAAAUGUCCUUCCCCCAGAUACAAACAUUUGGAUUUUUCUGCCUUGACCCCUAAUAUCACAUGGUACAAAAACGUUACAAACCGAAUGAUAUCAGGAAGAUAUGAAGAUCCAAGAAUCUGGGCAAAAGGAGAUGCACUCUGGUUUUUACCAGCAAUGCUAGAAGACUCAGGAGUAUAUAUCUGCACCAGAAGAAACUCCUCCUACUGUGCCGAGGUCUCCAUCCACCUCACAGUCGUGGAGAGAACAGCUGCUCGGGAGAUUGCCUAUCCCCAGGUCCUCUUCACUUUCACCUCUGGAAAGAUCGUUUGCCCUGACCUGUGGGAUUUUACACCAAACAGGACAAGCCUGGAGCUCAAGUGGUACAAGGAUGCUCUGCCUUUGGAGGACGACAAUGAAAAAUUCAUAAAUCUGAAAGGUUCAACUUCUCUGAUCAUGACUUCUGUACUACCAACAGACGCCGGCUAUUACACCUGCAAGAUGCCAUUUCCUUUUGAAGGUGUAAUGUAUGAAAUCACCAGAACAAUUCAGCUGGACACUGUUG